UGGCAACACUGGUCAGAUGGUAAUAACAUUGCGAGUCGAGAGAAGUGAAAACGUCAAUCAAAAACUAAAGAAAUACAGGCUUUGAUUAAAUAAAUAUUUGUUAAAAAGCAAGUGUUCGGUUAAACAAAUGAGUGAACAUCAUAUCAGUGAAUUUUAAACUGUGUAAAAACAUCAACGGCGUCCUGUUGCGAAUCAACUACACACAUACACAAACACACACACAUUCGCACUCACACAUCGGCGUCGACAUUUGUGAUCUGUGCUGCGCCUCCUUUGCUGUCGCACACACAAACACACAGUCUUCCCGUUUCGUUGUCGUCGUCGCAGUUUUCACAGCUGCAACGCAAAUUGCAAAAAGGAGUUUGUAAAUUUGAACUCAGUGUCCCGGAAAAGGAAAUUAAAUUUCACUUUCUUAAAUAUAUUUAUCAAAGAUGACACAGAAGCAGCAGCUUUUGACUGGAAGGCUGAAGAACUGAGCAGUAAAUUGAGUGUGCCUCUUGGGGCGGCCAUGAGGAGCAUGUUCCGUCCGAUAAAGAAGAUUUUCACGUACAUCCAAAAAAAUGCCAGCAACGGGAAAAUGUUUGGCAGCACAAAUAGCAUAAACACUGAUGAUGAUGAUGUCGCAAGUGGCAGCAAUGCCAUCAAGCUGGUGCCGAAGGAGGAGGAGCAACAGCUGGAAAGGGAGCAAGAGCACAAACUGGAAGUGGAACUGGAACUGGAGCAUGAAGAUGAUGAUAUUGAACGUCAAAUAAAAACUUCUAUUAUCGAUGCCACAAAGGUGCAUGCAACUAAAUCCAAAAUUAUAUUGCCACUGCAACUGCAACUGGAUGAUGAGCUGGCGGAUUUUGCACACGAACCUGCAACGCUAGCGGAUGAGGAGGCUGACAAUGAUAUUGAUAAUGACAAUGAUCAUGAUGAUGAUGUUGUUGAACUGGAUGAACAGUAUCUGGAGCUGGAAAACUAUCCAAACAAUGAGAUUAUUGUGCUAACUGAAAAUGAGCUAAAUUCAUCGCUUGCCUCGGAUAACAUUUCGGAGGAUCCUUUGGCCAUUGAUGAGUUUACACAGCCGACGGAGCAGGACAAUGAGGAGGAAGAGAUUGAAAAUAAUGGUGAAUUGCUCUGGCUAAAGCUGGACACGCCCAUGCAGGCGGUGGCGGGGACGGGGGCGGCGACAACCACCAAUAGUGGCAAUGUGGAUGACAUUGUUAUCACAGCACCGUCUGUAACUGCAUCGUCAGCCAAGGUGCCCGCCAAGACCAAAGAAGAGGAGCUGCUGCGUAGUGAUGGUGGCUCCGAUUCAGGAUUGGGCGGUGAAAACGACAGACACAAUGCAACAACAACAGCAACAACAACGGAAGCUGCUCCAGGUGAAGCAACGACCACCUUGCAGAAACCACUGCGUUCCAAUUUGAAGCGUCGUCUGGAGGAUGAUGAGCUGUCUCUGGUGCCCGACAUGAACAGCAGCUCCACCUCUUCCACCUCCACCGCCACCUCCGUUUGCUUGUCCAGCGCACAGAAACGCGCCAAGCGUUCCAUUAACUUUGAUAGCGUCAAGGUGUAUUACUUUCCCCGCCAGCAGGGAUUCAAUUGUGUGCCCACUGCCGGCGGUUGCACCCUGGGAAUGGGCGCCCGGCACAUUGCCUUCAAGACUAUGACCCUGGCGGAGCAUGCAGCAGAGUUGAGGCGUGCCCAUCGCAGCCAGAAUCAGAGUCAGGAGCAACAACAACAGCUGCGCAUUGGCGGCUCCAGCAGUGAUGAUAGCGAGGAAUCCGAGGAGGACUACCUAAGCGAGGGCAGCGGCUCCGAUGCCGACGACGGCUCCAAUGGCUUCCUGCAACCGGUGACGCCAAAGCAGCGACGAGCGCUCCUCAAAGCCGCCGGCGUGCGAAAGAUCGAUGCAAGUGAGAAGAUCGAUUGCCGGGACAUACGCAACUCACGCGAGGUGUGCGGUUGCUCCUGUCGCGAGUUCUGCGAUCCAGAGACUUGUGCCUGCAGUCAGGCGGGCAUCAAGUGUCAGGUGGAUCGGGCCAUGUUCCCCUGCGGUUGUACACGCGAAGCUUGUGGCAACACCGUCGGACGUGUGGAAUUCAAUCCGACCCGUGUGCGCACCCAUUACAUCCAUACGGUAAUGCGUCUGGACAUGGAGCAGCGUCAGAGUCAAGGACCGCCAGCUGCGAGUGGCAACAACAGCUUGAUCUAUUCCAACAGCAGCGUUGGGGUCAUUUCAACCGGAGCUGCUGCCGCCACAUCCGCUUCCUCCUCCUCCGCCACCUCCUCGCAUUGCUAUUUCAUGCAGCCGCAGUCCAACUACAGCUCCGGCUAUGCCUCGCCAGCUUACACGCCCGAACCGAGUGUCAGCUACUAUCAACAGCAACAACAACAACAACAACAGACGCUACAGGCGACUGUCUCACCUCUUUCGACCAGUUAUCCACAGCUGGAUAGCUUGGAUUCUGGUCUAUUUGCCAGCGGUAGCAAUGCCACACCCUCGUAUGGUGAGCUACUGACGCCCACCUAUCAUCAAACCCUUGGCUAUGGCAGCGCUCAGCUCAAUUCCUACACUGGUUACCAGCAGACGACAUCAACAUCCGGCGGCAGUGCAUCCCCCGAAGCGUACAGUUCGUGUGCAGUACCAUCGGUGCCACCAUUUGGCAAUGCCACCACCACCGCCUCGAAUGCAACGCAAUAUCAGCAUGCAAAUGCGUUGGAAACCACCGCAUCCUCAAUGAACGUCAACAGCAGCAGUGGAAGCAGCAGCAUAUCCGUAACGGCCAGCAGUUGUUCCGCGGGAUUGGUGCGUCUCAGUGGCGCAGUUGCUGCUGAUUUCAUUAGCCUGAACACGCCCAUUGGCAGUUCGUCGCGUCUCUCGCAGAUUAAUGAUCUCUUGCAGCACAAUCGUAAUGCCACAAGCGCUUUGGUGGCCGUCUCCGAGUCAUAUACCUCCGUGCGAAACAGCAGCAGUAAUAUCAACAGCACCAUUGAUUCUAUCGACACGCCGCCCAUUAUAGAGGAGGCGCAACGCAGCAGUUGCAUGACCUUCGAGGAGUUGCCACCGCCGUUAAUUAAUCCCACGCCCAUUGUGGCCGUCGUGGAGCACAGCGAACGUAAGCUACAGCUGCAGCAGGUGGUGAAUUCAACACCCCAGCCUCGUCAGCCACUGGAUACAAGUGGCAAGCAUACCGAAUCCUUGGCGAGCGAUAUUUGAAGUUGAUUUGGGGGAUUCUGGGACAGUUUUUAUAGCAAUUUUACACAGCAGAAGACUUAAUUAUGUUUAAGUGGGCAGCGACGGAAUCAAAAUAACAAAAAAGAAAAAGGAAGAGUAGAAGGUAGAAUAGAGAAUGCAUGUCUAGGUUUUUAUUUACUUCCCUUUUUCUUCUACUCAAAAUCGCAAGUUUAGUUUGUAAAUAUGCAUUAUAAUCGUGCAUAUAAAUAAGUAUAUAGAGAGUGUAUAAAUCAGUUUUAAUUGUUAAUUGAUACUAAAUUAGCCUUAAGUACACAUUGUAAUUUAGUCACUUCGUUGCUUAGGUUUGCAUCUUUAAUAAUAUAUUCUGCCUUCCUUUGAUUGUUAAAUUAAAAUCACUUGCAAACUUCCUUACCCCUGUUAUCCUUCUCUUCCCCCUCACGUCUGGCGUUGUUUUAACAAAUUUAAUCAAGCUUAACUUGUGACGCAGUUUCAAUGUAUAGCAUUUCCAAUUUAAUUAUUCUUUUGAUUUUCUAAAUUAAUUUAUUGUUUUUUUUUUUUUUUUAUUCUUGUUACUAAAUCAUUAACUAAUUUUUUGAUUGACAAUAUUUUCUGUAUUUUUUUUUUUACCCACAAAGUUGAUUGAAAUUGUUUAUUUGUUUCGCCUGUCGAUGAUUUUAAGUAUUCAGUUAGUUGUUUAAGUUACCAAAUUUUUGACCCUACAAGAUUUAGCCUAAUUAAAUCCAAUGUCAGCAGUAACA